UCGUGGCCUCGCAUAAAAGCCACCGGACACGCGAAGCUUUUCGGUUCUGUCCGGGCAAGCCCAGCACACCCUAUCACAAUUCACAAGCUCUCUCUCUCCCUCUCUCUGCUUCGACGACUCCUCUUCCUGCCACCUCUCUGCUUCGUGCCAAGUGAAGCUAAGCUGUUGAUGCGAGUGAGGGUGUGCUCGCCAUGGCUCUCACUGACGACCACGACGAGUACGCCAAGCUCGUCCGGGGGAUGAACCCGCCGAGGGUUGUGAUCGACAACGAUGCCUCCGACGAUGCAACCGUCAUCCGGGUGGACAGCGUCAACAGCCACGGCACCCUCCUCGCCGUCGUCCAGGUCAUCGCCGACCUCAACCUUGUCAUCCGUAAGGCCUACUUCUCUUCCGACGGGAGCUGGUUCAUGGACGUGUUCAAUGUCACUGACCGUGACGGGAACAAGGUUCUUGACACGCCAACCAUCUCCUACAUCCAGAAGACGCUGGAAGCGGAGGAUUGCUACUACCCGGAGGUGCGCAACACGGUGGGCAUCGUGCCGUCGGAGGACUACACGUCGAUCGAGCUCACGGGCACCGACCGCCCGGGCCUGCUGUCCGAGGUGUGCGCGGUGCUCGCCGGCAUGCAGUGCGCGGUCCGGAGCGCCGAGCUCUGGACGCACAACACACGCGUCGCGGCCGUCGUUCAGGUCACGGACGCGGCCAAAGCCGCGGGUGGCGCCAUCGAGGACGACGCCCGCAUCGCCGACAUCAGCCGGCGCCUCGACAACCUGCUGCGCGGGCAGAACGGCGUGCGAGCGGCGGCUGCGGCCAGCCUGACGCACAAGGAGCGCCGCCUCCACCAGAUGAUGUUCGAGGACAGGGACUACGGCGCCGCUGGACCGCCGGACCCACGGACGGAGGUCUCCGUGACGCACUGCGCCGAGCGCGGGUACACCGUCGUGGUCGUCCGGUGCAGGGACCGGCCCAAGCUGCUGUUCGACACCGUCUGCACCAUCACCGACAUGCAGUACGUCGUCCACCACGGCACCGUGAGCUCGGAGCCGGCCGGCGGCGCCUACCAGGAAUACUACAUCAGGCACGUCGACGGCCACCCGGUCAGCACCGAGGCCGAGCGCCGCCGCGUGGUCCAGUGCCUCGAGGCCGCCGUGGAGAGACGCACCGCCGACGGGCUGGAGCUGGAGGUCCGCACCGACGACCGAGCCGGCCUGCUCUCCGACGUCACACGCAUCUUCCGGGAGAACGGGCUGACGAUACGGCGCGCCGAGAUAUCGUCCGAGGACGGCGAGGCCGUGGACACCUUCUACCUGUCGGACCCGCAGGGCCACCCAGUGGAAGCCAAGACGAUCGAGGCCAUCCGCGCGCAGAUCGGCGAAGCUACACUGCGGGUAAAGAACAACCCGUUGGCCGAUGACGGCGGUUCCACCUCCGAGGUCGCCGCCGGCUCGACGGCAUUCCUCUUCGGGAACCUCUUCAAGUUCUACCGUCCGUUCCAGAACUUCGGCCUCAUCAAGCUCUACUAGUAGGACUAGUAAUACAGAAAUCACAUGUAGGGUGCACAGAUACAGAUUUCAGUGUAAAUAUUAGUCCAGUCCUUCCUGUCAGAAGAUGAUGGUGAUGAUCAAGCUAGUCCGGUGUAGAUAGGGUAGCACAAACUAGCUCUGGGAAGAAAUAUUAGCUCAGCUUAGAAAGCAUAGCAUCAUAGCAACUAGUUUAGCUUGGGUAUACUUGAAUUGGGUUGUACUAGAAUCUCUGUAAAUACUCAUCUUGUACAUAGGUCAUUUUGCAAAAAAGCCCUCGCAGUUUCAGUUAA